AUGAGCGAUCUUCUAAGACUGGUGGACGACAAAGUCCUGACUAAUACCGAAGUCCAACCCCCAACCCAAUGGACAAAUGACUACGACGAAAUGGGCGGUGACGAACAAUGGGGCCCGGAAGGCAAUGUCCUGCGAAUGAUCACAGUCUUCGGCAUUGAGGGUGAAGUCAAGCCUCUUUUUGCGAUGGAUCCUGAGGCCGGGGAGGCCUUGUCUCUUUUUCAGGUUGGGGAUGGGGCAUUUUAUUUCUUUAAUAUCGAGGAUUCGUCGAUUUUUAAGAUUACCAGUCAUUCGGAUUUGAAGGGUAUUGUUGAGACUAUUGAUGGGAGGGGGCUGGCUGGACUUAGGGUUGAAGCGUUAUAG